GCUGCUAGUGAGUGACUGAUCACAUUGUAGACGGAUCGGCCCCUGAGUUCAGAGACUGAGUUGCAAUUGAGUGAAAAAUAGACAACGAAAUCUUGAAGAAUUGCACGGAGGUGCAAGCCAAAUUUAACUCCGGUCGCCAAGUAUCGUUGGUUGGACUGAGAAAUUGCUCAACCAGACCUGUACUAGGACUGGUUAUUUGGGUAUCUCUCUUUGUCAUUGUUGCCUUUUACUGUUACGUUGGUUUCUGUGUUACCUCUCUAGGCCCAGAUGUUCUCAGAUAAUUCACAUUGCCCGGACUGUGGACAGCAGUGGUUCCCUAGUUUAGAACUAGGCCACUGGUUGUACCAAACUGAACUAGUUGAAAAUGAAUGUUACCAGGUGUUCUUAGACCGCAUUAACAGAGCUGAUUAUUGCCCUGAAUGUUACCCUGAUAAUCCUGCUAAUAGAAGCCUUGUUCUGCCUUGGUCUUUCCCACUGGAGUGGGCUCCCCAAAAUCUUACCAGAUGGACCUUUGAAAAAGCUUGCCACCCGUUUCUUCUGGGUCCUCCACUGGUUAGAAAAAGGAUACAUGACUCUAGAGUAGCUGGCUUUAACCCUGCAUUGCAGUUAAUCUUGACCAGAACGGACAAAACCUUGAACAAAAAACUUGGCCAAAACAAGUAACUUCUUAAGCAGUCAAAAUCAUGGAGACUCUAGAGUUUGUACUAGUAGCCCAAGGGAGAAUGGGAAAAUGUCUCCUUUCUAAAUCUGAUCUAAACUGUCACUCCCUUGGGGAACUGCUUAAAUUGUUGGAUCUAUUCCCAUUGUCUACACAUACUUUGUUCAGCAUGAAUUUAAUCAGUAUUCCAGCCAGGCUGUUCAUCUAGAACCAGUCUAAUCUAUGUUCCCCAUGUUUUGGAAUUAGCUUCCCCAUCCUAAAAAGCUCCACAGCCUUAUUAUGGAUCUAUGACAGGAUGGUCUUGGAGGAGAGGCCCUGUACUGUGUGUACCAUAAUGAUACUUUUAGUGAUAACUUUUGUAACAGGGAAAGCAACUUUGUAGCUGGAUUAUA